UUGCUUUCAACCUUUUAACCGUUUCCAUGUUAUAUACGGUAUAGUCGAAUGCGUUCUGUCGUUCUUAAUUGCCUAAAUUAAGAGAUUAUGCGAUUUGACACAGUCAGCUUACCAGUUACCCGUGUCGUCCACUGUACUAGAGAACAACGCGACCCCUGAAUACCCCCCAUCGAUAAAAUGAGGCACUGUCCCAUUUUUCUGACCAUGUAAACUGUCGACGCAGAAGUUCCAACUGACCGCCCCUGUCAAGAUGCUCGCCGACAACGAGAUACGUGUUUUAGACCUCCUACACUCUCCCAGCGUAGGUGACACUCCAAUAGUAUGUGAGUUACGCGCUAUUCCCCUGUCGGCAAAGGCAGAUUACGAGGCACUUUCCUAUGUUUGGGGCGACGAGACAGCCACGGAGACGAUUGAGGUAUCGGGUCGCCAGGUCACCAUCACGCCGAGCUUGCUCGAGGCGCUCCGUCGACUACGAUCGCCCACGCAGAAGAGGACCCUUUGGAUCGACCAGCUCUGCAUUGAACAAUGGAAUCUGGAGGAGAAGAAACAGCAAGUGCAGCUCAUGCGUGACAUCUAUAAGCACUGUCGCCGAUGCCUCGUCUGGCUGGGAGAGAUCAAGGAGCAUGUGUCCCUGGCUGACGCCGCGAGAGGGUGGGAGGUGCUUACCUAUUUGGCUGCAGCCAACGGGGCGGAAGAUCCCAGCGAAAUUCCAAUGCCUUGGGCAGCAAGCGGACGCGAGACGGCAUUAUACGACGCUAUCAAGGCACUCCGGAGCUCGUCGGAGCAGGAACAUCCAUGGUGGGAUCGCAUAUGGACAGUGCAGGAAGCGACAAUCCCAGAAGAGGUCCUGUUGCUUUGGGGGCCACUGGCUUUGCCGUGGGAGACGCUUACGCAGGCGGCAGCGACCUGGAUUGAUCCGGGCUGUCCAUACCCUCUUUCCAAUUUACUCACCCCCGAGACGGAGACAAUCCUCAGCGGUUUAAUGGUCCACGUGAUUUGGCUGAACAUAGCCAAAGACCGGCUCGACGGUAAGCCACUUGAUAUUGUCAACAGAUGGCGCUUCCGAAAGUCUACGGAUCCUCGUGAUAAGAUAUACGGUCUUAUGGGGCUCUGCGAGCUAGGGGCCCUGCCGGUCACGGAGAAAUGUGACUAUUUCUCCCCUGCAUCGAGUGUUUUUCGCACCUUGACACUGGAGUUGAUGAUUUCCGAACGAGAUCUGCGGCCCCUUAUUGCAAAUCCGCGGAUCGACCCCGACAAGGCCACUCCUGGGAUAUCCUCCUGGGUGCUUGAUCUUGUCAGUAUAGGACCAUCGUACAAUACAGAUUGGUAUUACCACUCGUACGGCUACGAGGAAUAUGAUGCUGCCAGACCGUUGAGACCACUGGAUCCAAGCUCUUUGGGAAUGCAGUACCACGCGAAGACUUUGAGCCUGGCGGGGGUGCGUGUGGACAAAGUCGCUCUGGUGGAGAGCGGCUAUCGAACAAAAACAAUAGCGAAUCCGAACGUACCUGACGAGGACAUCGAGCGCAUCGUCCGCGCCUGGUAUGAUGUUGUCAAGGGAAGCAGAAAGUAUAAGAAUAACAAGGUCCUCCCGAGACGGUACAUUGGAGCGCGCUAUACCAGUGCCAAAGCGUUCGCAAGACUUGUCCUCGGCGAUCUGGUCAGGGAUUACAAUCUUGUACCGAUUAGAGAAGCCACCGCCAAGGACAUCAGCGCAGUUUUCAGGUUUUUGGAUUCGUGUGAGGUGAGCUCUGACAUACGACUGACGAUAUACAGCAUGGUGGCAAACCAAUCUUUCUUCACCACUAAGAUGGGUCUGAUGGGUACGGGUCAUGUGGACACACAACCUGGAGAUGAAGUAUGGGUAUUAAGAGGGGGGAAAAUCCCCUUCGUGCUGCGACCUUCAGAAAAUGACGGAGAGACUGAGUACACCUUUAUUGGCCAGGGUUAUGUUCAAGGGGCUAUGCAGGGUGAAAUAUUCCAACGUGGUAUAUGUAACGUAAAUACUGAGCAGACUAUUCACAUAAUUUAGCAGAAAUUUCGUAGGACGCGGCUACGAUCAUGAUAAAUGUAACAAAUGCCAGUGGGCAUAUCGGCAGUCGCCGAGGUAGCUAAGGUUAGUCUUUUGACUAUUGGCGCAAUGGUCUGCCCACGGUCAAUUGUUACAAUUACUUAAAGCGGUUGACUAGUUAGUCAAACCCACUACUAAACAAGGUUGAAGCUAUUAAAAGACGGAAACUAGCGUGGAAGCAACUGCCUAUAGAAAUGGUUCGGCAAUGGAUCGAAUGAAUACCCUAUCACAUAUAACAGAUCAUCGAGCUAGAGAGUGGUAACGAGUAUAGAGAAGGCCGGGCUCUAGUCCCGGGAAGGCCUAGUACUUAACGGGGUGUUAAAAAUAACGAGAAUAGUAUCCCGAAAAGGAAAAAAAGGGAAGCACAUUAUAGGA